GUACAUUCGUCACUGAAGUGCAAAAGAGGACCACAGCUGUCUAGGUUCUAACGACAAACGGUGCGUAAAUGUGAAACAUGUUGGAAUACUUGUUAAUGAUUGGCGAAACACUGCAUGAUGAAGUUGAUGUUUCAUUUUGAUAUAAUGCAUUGAACCACAAACAUGUCUGACGACUUGUCGACAAAUUACUUAGCAGUAUUGUCAGACCCUGAAUUAUGCAAUUGUAUAAAAUGCCAUCUGGCAUUGUCAGUGACCAGGGCGGGCCUAAAAGCAUUUGUGAAAAAGACCAUGAAAAGUAUAAAAGACUCCAUUUAUAGCUCCACGGCUGCGGCUGCGUGUGAGCAGUGCUGCAUAGAGAAUAUCAUACCUUGUUAUACGCAAGGUGUGUGCAGUGGUCCGAAAGCGAAGUGCCGAUUCCAUGCAACACCAAAUCAAAUGCAUACAUUUUGCAGUCACUGCAACCUGGUUUUUAUUGAGAUCGCGAAAAUGCACCGAUACAAAAAGCCGUCAUGGAAAAAUACCAAUGCCAAAAAAUGGUCUUCUGACUACUGGGAGAUUGCAAAAUGCUUUUUACCUGAUCAUGGAUACUGUAAUGUGAACAGCUUUGAUGACUUAGAUUUCAACGGGUAUAUUAAUAUCAUGAUAAACUGCAAGAAUUUUGAGCAAUGUUUUUCGUUUCCAUUUGCUGAAGAAGAUCUACUGCAGAAGAGAUUUUUCCGGGAAUGAGUGCAGACGACUAUGUGUUAUUUGAAAGCACACAAAUGAGUUUCCUUGAAGAUAGCAUACAGCAUUAUAUCAAGUCGUACGAAAGAGUCCAUCUAUUCCGACACGUUCAAGAAUUUGUCAGUUUGAAAGAUAUAUUUGUAAACCCAUGCAUUUACAAACUUAUGCCUAUUCAGAUGAUGACAACAAGUCUUUCGAGAGAAGGCGAAAAGAUAUCUUCUUUCAAAGAUAUUUUUACUUGUGAAGAUAACACUACAACAGACAUAUACAUAUAUGGUUCACCUGGAGUGGGCAAAACGACUCUUUGUAAAAAAAUUGUUCUGGAAUGGUGCUAUAGAAUGAGAAAGGUUUUUGAGGAUCAAAAAACAACAACGUCACAAGGAGAAACAGGACUCCAACAACAACGUAGACAUCGUCAUGCAUUUACUGAUGUUGAUUUUUUGGAUAAGUUUGACUUCAUACUUCCGAUAUUCUUGCAUCGUUCACAGGGCUUUUGCGACGUUGAUGAAAUGAUAAAGCAUUUGGUAGUGGACAAUUUCUCUAAAUCAUCUUUCUAUACACAGGAAUUCCUCCAAAGAAUUUUGGACGAAAAAAAGUGUUUAGUUAUUUUAGAUGGACUUGAUGAGUGGAAACAUCUACAUGAAUGUUUAAAGGGACAUUCUGACAUACCGCAUCGGAAAACACGAGGAAGGUGCACAAUUCUUACAACGACCAGAUAUGAAAACCUAACAGUCACUGAGUCAAGCCCAAGAUACGAAAUGCAAAUGAAAGGCUUUGACACCGAAACCUCCGAGCUACUGAUUGAGCGCGUCUUCAGGGUAGUUGAUGGCUCAAGAAAAGGUCUGAACAAUUUCCAACACAUGACGGGAUUAAUGAAAACAAACGAAACACGACACAUGUUUGCAAAUCCAACUAUGCUAAUGCAAGUAAUUGGUCUUUGUUUAGAAUCCGGACCAAUUUGUAAAUCUCGGUGUGAAGUUUAUUCAACAAUGCUAGCCAUCUUAUUAGAUAAUACAGAAUCAAAACAUCGAGAAACAUUAGACAUGAAAAGGUUGGAGAACACUGACCAAUACAGGAAACUUUCUCUUCCGCAGCAAAUGCUCGAAAACAAAAUCCUAAAAAAGUAUCACAAUUUUGUCAUAAUGCUGGCGGAAUUUGCCUUUCAAAUUACUUUAGGACGUCAAGAUACGUUUUGCUUUGAUGAGCUCUUGUGUGAAGAGCUAAAGCUUCCACCUGCAGUGUUGAAUAUUGCACGAGUCUCCGGGAUCUUUAUUGAUGUUACUGAUCAUAAGUCAAAGAUACAAAGCAUGACAUUUAUGGAUAAAUCCUACCAAGCGUUUUUCUGCGCGAUAUACGUGUGCAGUUUACCACAAGCCAUCGAAAAUGUGAUCGAGCGCGACACAGCCAUAACGACGCAGUCAUUUGAUCAGAUUAACCGUAAUUUCGCAUCGCUAUUAGGCGCUGUUGAAAUGCCCCUCGUAUUUGCUGCGGGGCUGAACGUCGAGAGCCAUCGUUACAUUUGCGAUGCUUUAUCCCCCAAUUUGGAAGACACACUAUUGAGACACUUAAAUGUUGCAGAAUACGUACACUCGUUCAUUGCAUUUUUGCAAAACGUUCAGGUUUUCAAUAAAUGUAUUGUUUCUGCAAACGAGGAAAGUAUUAAAAACCAAAGCCAACGCCCUUACCAUAUACAACAUAUUGCCAGUGCUGGUUGGAAAUUCAAAACUGAUAUGAAGAAAGCCUCAGAUUUAAAGAAUAAUGUAAAGACUGUAUUGCUUCACGAUGUCAGCUUAGAUAAUUCUAAUUACAAGAGACUUAUAGCAAAGGAACCCAACAUCCACACAAUAUGGUUAAAUGGGGUAAAUAUGUCAGAAAUGCAAGAACUGCAUUUGCCAGGGAAUGUGCAAAGAAUACUUUUGAACAACUGCAUCCUUCCAAUUGCAUUUGACUGUGAUUUCUCGAAUUACAAAGAUGUAACUUUCUUUCAAGCACAUAUCCUUAGCGAGUGUAUAACCAUACCUAAUAGCUCAUUGGAAGUUUGCAUUGUAAAAUACACGAGAACUGCAGCGGCAAUCGAGUUUUAUCCAUUUACAAGUUUAUUAAAGGUGCUUCAAUUAUCUGAUGUUAUACUGAAUUCAAGUUUGGAUUUAUCGAUUUGUAUCAAUCUAAAUAGUAUGCAACUUGAUAACGUCCAAUUUGAAGGUCAACUGAAAGUAAACACUUCACAGUUGGAAGAGUGUGUGCUCAAGAAACUAUCCAAUGAUAUUAGUACAAAAGUAUGUUCCAUUUUGAUGUCGGCAACCAAUUUGAAGAAAUUGCAACUGUCUGAUUUAGAAAUGGACCAUAAACCGAGAACAGCGUGUGUGACAAAACUGUUUUACUGCUGCUCCGGACAAACACAUUUGAAUUUAUCACGAGCGUCCAAAAUCUGCGAUCUUAGUAUGAACAAUUUAAAAGUAACCAAGAUCAGUAUCAACGGAACUGCUCUUCAACGAUGUUCUUUGUCAGACCUCAGAGCCAGCAAAAUACAAUUUACCACUUCAUUCGGAACUAUGCUUCAGACAUACCAUAUCUCCAACCUUUCUGAAACAUUAUGCCAAGAUGCUUUUCAAUACCUUGAUCCAAGUCAUGUUCAAACUAUUCGUAUCGCUGAAUCGCCUUGCCAGGCCAUGAUGAUAGAACGUAUAAAUCAUAUGUCGAACGCAGAAGAAAUUCAUAUGACAAACAUAGACAUUUCUAAAAAGUGUUUGAAAUUCCCUCAAAGAGUCCGAGUUAUUCGUCUUGAGUCAUUAGUGGUAGACAACAACUCUGAGCUAGUAAUACCAUCUAGUACAGAGAUAAUUGAAUUAAUUUGUAUUGAAAAUGUUCCGUUUAUUGACUUGAAAAACGCCAAACUGCAUAGAAUUGCUAUUAGGUCUAGUUCCAUUUCAAGGGAAGUUUUGGAAACGUUUGUGCAAGAAAUAAGCGAAAUGGGGAUUGAGGUUGAAUGCAUAUUUGAUGCGUGUGCGCUAGAGGACGCCAAUAGUGGAACACUAAACUUUCGAUAUCACAAUGAAGCUUGGCAUAUGACAUUCAUCUGCUGCAGAAGCGAAAUACUUCCUACGAUAAUUAGUGUUACCGAUAAGAUAGACACAAUAAAAUUUGACAACGUUGGUGAUAAAGACAACCGCUUAAUCGAAACGUCCGGAUGUGGCGGACUGCGAAAUGUGUCUGAAAUUGAAAUUGCAAACUGCAGUAAUUUAGACCAAUUUUGUAACGUUCUGAAAGAUACUUCCAGAUUAAAAUCUCUUGCGUUCGAAAACAUGAACUUGACAGACUAUGUAUUCCAGGGAGUCGAAAGUACUUUAAAUCGAACCACAAUGUUGACAUCUAGAACAUACAAUAUGUACUUAACGCCUUCGAUAAGACAUGUGUAUUUGUCGAAUUGUAUGUUCACAGAGGACAGUUUUAAAACAAAUGUCUUCAACAUUUUUUUAAUGGCACAACGUGUAAAGUUCACGCUUGUUGAGAGUUCCAUUCGUAUAGACGAUAAUGAUACUGAAACAUAUCGUGUAAUGAAAUGUACGAUUAAUAAUACACGCAAAAGAAAGUUUUUGAACAUUAAUGAAAUCAAAUACGGUCCCUGGCUGCAGAAUCUACUCUGCAAUUUGGACUGCCUUACGCACUUGGAAAUUCACGAAAUGGAUCUCGAAAAGACGAAAAUAACGCUUCCAAAUGGUGUACGAUCACUGAAUUUCGAUCAUUGUGAAAUGUCGAAGGACUCACUCAUAAUACUUAACGACAGCAUAGAAGAUCUGAGUUUCAAAUGGGUGCUUGUUGUGCGGAUACUGCUCUUCAUAACAAUCUUAAAACGCUACGUCUGUUUUAUUGUGGAUUAAGUGAUCAAACUUAUCAGUCGUUUUCACGGCACAUGAGCCAAUUACGCCAGCAGAGGGGCACAGAAUACGGACAGUAUAUGACAGUAUCGUGCACAGUUAAAACAUUUGGUAGACCAAGCAAUUUAAGAACAUCUAGACUGACCCUUAUCAAUUAAGCUUUAUGUUAAGCUUAAUAUUUGUAAAAGAGCUAGACAAAGUGGGAGGAAUUUGCCAGAUUUUAAAUUGAUCAAACGUUAAGUACGUACAAAUGUAGUUUCUAUAAUAGUGUUGCAAAUUUUGUUACUUUUUGUACACUAACCUUUAUGUUUUAGUUAAUUGAAGCACUGACGAGAUUUCACAACAUCUUAGAUACAGGAGAAAAGCUAUUGUAUCACAUUUCGGUCAUACAAAAAUCAAAAAGCCUUGGUCUUCCAGUGUCCCUCUAAGAAAACUUGUUUAAUGCCCUGAUUGCCCUAAUCAGUAAUUUAAUUAACAUAGCCUGAUAGUACUGUACUUUGUUUGAGUAUUAUUUUCAAUUUGAUCUCAACUUAAGUAAUACAUACAUCAUGUUCAUUGUGUUUUAUAUAAUGUAAUAAGUGAUAUAAAUUAUGUUUUAUUGUUUUUGUUGAAACCGUAACGGAUUUGCUUCUAUGUCAACAUCUCAUGUAUGUUAUAUGCUUAAAAUGUAAAUAAAAACUUGUACACUUGAA